UUAACUUUUUCUGUUUCAGGUGUAACUUAUUCUGACACCACCAGUCACACUGAAGCUUGCAAGCCAUGUACUGAGUGCCAUGGUAACAAACGCAUGAUUGCCCCCUGCGUGGAAACAGACGAUGCCAUCUGCGCUUGUGCCUAUGGUUUCUUCAGGGAUGAACAUACUGGAGAAUGCAAUCCAUGCAGGACAUGUCCUGUUGGAUAUGGCAUGAUCCUGUCCUGUUCCAUGAACCAGAAUACGGUGUGUGAAAAAUGCCCAGAAUGGACAUUCUCAACUGUGGACAACAACAUGGACCCCUGCCUGCCAUGCACUAUAUGCGAGGAUAAUGAGAUAACAUUAAAAGAGUGCACACUGACGUCAGACACAGAAUGUUUCGAUCCAAGCCCACGUUUGGCAUCAGUGAUUCCAUUCUUGGACACUACCCCCCAGGACACCACUGUGACUGAUCCGGAGUUAAUGGGCACAACACCAGGGAGCUCGCAGCCCAUUCCUCCGAGUGGGGCCGCUGAGAACCUCAUUCCCGUCUAUUGUUCCAUUUUGGCUGCUGUUAUUAUUGGGCUGGUGGCAUUCAUCGUUUUUAAACGGUGGAACAGCUGUAAGAAGAACAAGCAAGGAGGAAAUAGCCACACAGUCAACCAAACUCCGUCCCCCGAGGGGGAGAAACUACACAGUGACAGUGGGAUCUCUGUCAAUAGCGACAGUACUGCUGAGCAACCCGCAGGACAUAUGCAAGGCAAAAAUGACCUUCACCUUUACAACAGCCUCCCACCACACAAACAAGAAGAGGUGGAGAAGCUCCUGACCAGCUCCUUGGAGCAGACAUGGAAAAACUUAGCUGGAGAACUUGGCUACCAAGAUGAACUCAUAGACACCUUCACACAGGAUGAGUUCCCAGUACGAGCGCUGCUUUCUGACUGGUCCAACAAGGACAGCGCCACCACCGAUGCCCUCUACACAGCUCUUCGCAAAAUACAGAGGGAGGAUAUCGCCCAGAGCUUGUACAGCGACUCUACUGCUACCUCGCCAGUGUAA